AUGUCAAUACUCUCUCAGGGUCUCGUGGACAUCGAGCAUGUUUCCCACAACACGUCUACGAAUAGCCUAGCAUACAUACCAACGGGCCAGGAGAAGCAUGGCUCUGGCAAGAUACAAGCAGUCAUUCAAGAGGACCGCAUCGUCGCGGUCGUUCCUUGUCCUGAAGACUCGAGGCUCACGUCGUAUAUCUGGCUGGAAGCCUCAGACCCUCCUCCCCCAGCCGGACUACCAGAUAAGCAGAAGCAGCCUGAGUAUCCAUAUGUGCUGAAACGGUUCGAGGCGGCGGGGGAAUGCCCCGCAUCACUCCGCGAGUUCAUCGGCAGUCCGCAGUCCCAUCUUUACCCCGCCAAGCUAUCGGCUUCCUCCUCCACCAACCCCGCCGACCGCAACAGCCUCCAUAUCAUCAUCUCCACCCUCUCCGGCACCCACCAAGCCACCCUCUUCUACACCACCCUGCUCAAACCCCUCCUCACUACCCUCCACCUCCACGAAUACCAGGACUACUGCACCCACAUCACCUCCUCCGCCGACACAAUCACCCACCUCACGCAAACCAUCUUCCGCCCGCGCGCCCAGCGCGGGAUCGCGCAGACCAUCAUUCUCCUGGCUGGCGAUGGCGGGCUGGUUGAGCUCAUACAGGGCCUGACGGCCGUUAGGGCUGCGGACGACUUUGUGUCUCCUGUUGUGGCGCUGGUGCCGAUGGGGACAGGCAAUGCAACGGCGCAUUCUGCGGGGAUUGUGUCGGGGCGGGAUGCGACGAUGGGCUUGCGGGGGUUGGUGAGCGGGGUGGCGAAGCGGUUGCCGAUGUUUGCGGCGCGGACUUCGAGGGGCGCGGAGUAUGUGACGGGUGGGGGAAGGGGGCGGGAGCCUGUUUUCGUGUCUGAUGGUCGCGGUGGUGGUAGCGAGGGCGGGGGUGGUGGCGGUGGCCCCGAGAUUUAUGGUGCUGUUGUGCUUAGUUGGGGGAUGCAUGCGUCGCUCGUGGCAGAUAGCGAUACGCCUGAAUACCGCCGUUUUGGGCGGGAGCGGUUCCAGAUGGCGGCGAAGGGGUUGCUGUUUCCCGCUGACGGGAGUAGCCCGCAUGUUUAUAGGGGCAGGAUCAGCGUCACGACGAAAACUACAGAUGCGGUGACUGGGGGGGACAUGCUACGGACACGACUGCUGGAGCGGAGUGAGCAUAUGUAUGUACUUGUCACGCUCUGCUCGGCGCUGGAAAAAGGCUUUAUGAUAUCGCCUGCGUCCAGGCCGUUGGAUGGGAGGUUGUGGUUUGUGCAUUUUGGGCCGCUGAAGUCGGAGGCUGUUAUGGAGGUUAUGCAGCUAGCGUAUGAUGAGGGUCGGCAUGUGGUUGACAUGCGCGAUGUGGUAGGGUAUGAGGAGGUUGAGGCUGUUAGGAUCGAGUUCUGUGAAGGGGAAACGGAGGAAAGGUGGAGGCGGAUUUGCAUUGAUGGGAUGAUACUGGUAGUGGAGGAUGGUGGGUGGGUGGAGGUGAGGAAGGGGGAGAGAGAGGCUGUGAGGUUAGUUGUGCCUGAAGGGAAAGGAGUUGAUGACAACAGCGAGAGGAGAUAUAUUAACUAG